AUGACUCCCCGACUGGAAACGGCGGUAGCUGUGCUGCUGGCUGCCUCUGUCAGCGCCAGCGCACUGCCAGCUCUCGGGUUCGAGAGACAGUCGAUGCUGUCCAAGUUCGUCGCGCGCAGCGGACUCUACAAGAACUCUUCGGCGGAAAUCUGCUCGACGUGUUCGCUCUACGAGCCGGCGGAGACUGUAAGCGCACCCAAGUCCAACGUCUGGGCGCAGAUAUCUGCCGAGGACAACACGGCCGUCUGGAACUUCUUGCACGACCCGGCUACUGGUCUGAACUUGACCGAUCCGGAAACGGCUGGGAUUAACGACAACUACGUCUGGUUCAUCGAUACCGUGCCGGUGAACAAGACCGAUGUCCUCCCCUACAUCGACGGGUCAGGGCCAGCGCCGAGCUCUUAUGCGCGAGUCAUCAUCUUCGAAGGUGGCAAGCUGGAGCCUGUGUCCCAGGAGUACAUGGUCGGGCCCUUGCCCGUGUCCAGCCAGACCACCAUCCAGAAACUCGACUAUCUCUACAAUGGCGGAAAGGGGGGCACCGUGCCGUUCAACGCUAGGUACUUCGACUCGAAACGGAGUAAAGCCUCGGACCCCUUGCUCGCCUCGGUGAUGUCCAGCAUCACCGACAUCACUACCGCUCUGCUAGGGGGUGUCUUCCUGGGAUCCGACCACCCGAACUCUACCCUGACUGAUACUGGCACGAAUCCCACUUCAUUCGACGGUAGCCAGGCGUUCCAGAUCGCCAUGUUCAGGCGGCCCGGGCCGGCUACCUUUCUGCAGCCGCUGGACUUCUUCGUCUUGCUCGACAUCACCGGCACUGACGCCUCGCUAUACAAGCUCAAGGGCCUGGUGACGAACACGCGGUUCUUUCCGACGGUCGCCGACCUCCGCGCCGCCUUCGAGGCCGGCGAGCUGACCGAGGAGUUCUACCAGCCGGACAACUACGACUGGGCCCUGGUGAACCUCGACCCCGAGAUGGGCGUGCGCGACCUCGAGGACAAGUUCGCGCCGCAGAGCGUCGAGCUCGGCGGCAAGCGCUACAAGCUCGACGGCGAGCAGAAGUACGUCGAGUACAUGGGCUGGUCGUUCUACGUCGCGCACACGAGCACCCUCGGCGUCAUGCUCUUCGACAUCCGCUUCAAGGGCGAGCGCAUCCUGUACGAGCUCUCGAUGCAGGAGGCGGCGGCGCAGUACGGCGGCUUCCAGCCCAAGUCUGCCACGACGGUGUACCACGACACGUACUACCAGCUCGGCGCCCAGCUGUUCCCGCUCGUCGAGGGCUUCGACUGCCCCUUCGGCUCGACGUUCUGGGACGUCCCCAUCCACUCGGGCAACGGGACGACGGUGAACCCCAACGCCAUCUGCCUCUUCGAGUCCGACGCCGGCUACCCGCUCUCGCGCCACCGCGCCGGCGGCGGCUCCAGCGCCUACGGCUUCCAGAACCUCGGCGUCGUCAAGGCCUCGCUGCUGACGGUGCGCUCGAUCGCGACGGUGGGCAACUACGACUACCUGUUCGACUACGCGUUCCACGUCGACGGGUCGCUCGAGAUCACGGUGCGCGCGUCCGGCUACCUGCAGUCGUCCUUCUACUACCGGGACCAGGGCAAGUGGGGGCCGCGCAUCCAGGAGGCGACGCAGGGGUCGCUGCACGACCACGUGCUGACGUGGAAGGCCGACUUCGACAUCAUCGACACGGCCAACAGCCUGCAGAUAACGGAGCUGCGCGCGGUCAACACGACGCAGCCGUGGUGGCCGGAGCUCGGCACCUUCGAGCAGAUCGAGCUGAACGCGUACAACGUCGAGACGGAGCGCGAGCUGUCGUGGGCGGAGAACGGGCAGGCGGCGUACUGCGUCAACCACGCGCGCGAGACGAACCGCUGGGGCGUGCCGCGCGGGUACCGCAUCAUACCGGGCAAGUCGCCGAUCCGGCUGAGCACGCUGGCGUCGCCCUUCUCGCGGCGCAACUCGGCCUUCACGCACGCGCACCUGGGCGUGACGCGCCAGCACGACGCCGAGGUGUGGGCCAACAGCGUGCAGAACCUGAACCUGCCGUGGGCGCCGCAGCACGACUUCACACAGUUCUACGACGGCGAGGGCGUCGAGGACGCGGACCUGGUCAUCUGGCUCAACCUCGGCAUGCACCACUUCACCCGCAGCGAGGACAUCCCCGUCACCCUCUACUCCGAGGCCGUCAGCAGUGUCAUGUUCGCGCCCCAGAACUUCUUCGACCGCGCCCAGGACGGCGACAUCCGCAACCGUCGCUGGUACGAGACCACCGACGACGACGCCACCACCCUCGCCAGCAACACCUUCGGCAUCGACCUGCCGCAGUGCCGCGUCGAGCUGAAGGAGCCCGUCAUUGCGCAGAUCCUAUAA